AUGUCAUCAAAGUGUGAACUUAAGAGACUGCAGGAGAGCGGCGAUGAGAUCAAUAACAAUGUGAUAAUCACCACUCCAUCCAAACGCACAUCCAGUGAUACACCCGCUAAAUGUGAUGACAGUGUCACUCAUCGCUCAUUUAUCAUCAAAUCUUACGCCAAAAGCAAUGUUCGUUACAUUUAUUACACGAACGGAUCGAUUGUGUGGCGAAACUGUUUCCUCUUCUUUGUGCUUCAUUUGGUGUAUUUCUUCAGUUACUACGUGUGUUUGGCCAACAAGUGUUGGUACACCUGGAUCUUCGGCUAUUGGUAUGGAUUGGCCGGAGGUCUGGGCGUCACCGCUGGAGCGCACAGACUAUGGUCGCACCGAUCAUACAAAGCGCGACUUCCGCUUCGCAUACUAUUAAUGGUUUUUCACUCCAUCGCCGGACAGAACGACUUGUAUGAGUGGUGUCGCGACCAUAGAGUACACCAUAAAUACUCGGAAACAGACGCCGAUCCGCACAACUCAAGGCGCGGCUUCUUCUUCGCACACGUCGGUUGGCUUCUCACCCGAAAACAUCCCGAUGUCCUCAUUAAAGGCAAACAACUCGACUGUCAGGAUAUACUCAACGAUCCGGUCGUAUGGGUUCAGAAAAAAUAUUAUCCGCUGUUUUUUCUGGCAUUUUGCUUCGUGUUGCCCACAAUGAUUCCGGUCUACUUCUGGUCGGAGACCUGGUUCAAUUCAUUGAUCGUAGGCGUCCUCUGGAGAUACUGUACAGCAUUGCACUGCACUUGGUUUGUCAACUCUGCUGCCCAUAUGUUUGGAGACAAACCAUAUAACCCGCGAAUAGAGCCGCGAGAGAACCCUUUCGUAUCAUUCGGCGCCUUUGGGGAGGGCUUUCAUAACUAUCACCACGAGUUCCCAUUUGACUACAAGACCAGUGAAAUGGGAUGGAAGCUCAAUGUGACCACCGUUUUCAUCGAUUUCAUGGCAUUCAUAGGACAGGCCUAUGAUAGGAAGCAAUUGUCGCAGAAAAUGAUCGACGAAAGGAAACUCAAAGUGGCUGAAAAUUCAUUCAAAUACUUACUGCCCUUUGCCUUACUCUCUCAUCCCUCCCAUCCCUUUCCAUAUCCUUAUCCCAAAUCUCAAAUGUGGUACAAAUGUGUCAUAUUCUUCAUGGAGAUUAGCGGCCAGGAGCCGGAGAUCACUGACAUUAUCGAUGGCAUCAAAGGCCCCAAACGGGAGUUCAAAGUGGAGAUCGUUUGGCGCAACGUUGCCAUCAUGUCUGGCCUCCAUUUGGCCGCUCUCUACGGAUUCUACCUGUGCUUUGGGUCAGCCCACUGGCAGACUAUAGCUUUCGCCGUAUUCCUGUACGUAAUCUCCGGUCUGGGCAUUACUGCCGGCGCUCACCGGCUGUGGUCACACCGCGCAUACAAAGCCAAAUGGCCCCUAAGAGUCAUCCUCUGUAUCUUCAAUACGAUUGCAUUUCAAAACUCAAUCUACGAGUGGAGUCGCGACCAUCGGGUGCACCACAAGUACAGCGAGACGGACGCCGACCCCCACAACGCCAACAGAGGCUUCUUCUUCGCGCACUGCGGAUGGCUGUUGUGUCGCAAACAUCCCGAUGUCAUCGAAAAGGGCCGAAACGUGAGCUGCGAAGACCUGCUUCAGGACCCACUCGUAUCUUCGCACACGUCGGUUGGCUUCUCACCCGAAAACAUCCCGAUGUCCUCAUUAAAGGCAAACAACUCGACUGUCAGGAUAUACUCAACGAUCCGGUCGUAUGGAUAUUAUCCGCUGUUUUUUCUGGCAUUUUGCUUCGUAUUGCCCACAAUGAUUCCGGUCUACUUCUGGUCGGAGACCUGGUCCAAUUCAUUGAUCGUAGGCGUCCUCUGGAGAUACUGUACAGCAUUGCACUGCACUUGGUUUGUCAACUCUGCUGCCCAUAUGUUUGGAGACAAACCAUAUAACCCGCGAAUAGAGCCGCGAGAGAACCCUUUCGUAUCAUUCGGCGCCUUCGGGGAGGGUAUGUGUCGACUAAACUUAUUGUUUUGA